AUGAGCUCCAGUAUUAUACGAUUCCGAUACGGUGGUAGUAAAGUCCGAUCGGGUUGCAUUACAUGCAAGGCGCGGCGGGUUAAAUGUGACGAAGGCAAGCCUACAUGUCAACGAUGUCUCAAGGCCAAACGAAUUUGCGAGGGAUAUGCACCUCCGUCAUCCAUGUCUGCCACCAAUAGUCGACAACUCAAAUUCGUUGUAUAUUCUGCUUCCUCGCCCGUUGACGCAUUAAGUCUCCUACCCGGUAUCACACCGAGAGAGCAAAGAUUCUUUGAUUUCUUUAGGCUUCGAACAGCGGUAGAGUUAACGGGACCUUUCGAAGCGGAUCUUUGGUCUUCUGUUUUAUUACAAACGGCUCAUGCAGAAUCGGCUAUUUUUAAUGCUGUUGUUGCCUUGGGGGCUCUCCACGAGAAUUUUGGGCAUUCGAGAGAUGUUCAAGCAUUGGAUUCGAAUUAUGCCUUGAUUCAUUAUCAGAAGGCUAUUCAAAGAAUAGUCGAUCCAAAGGCUUUGAAUAUUGAUAUCGUUCUCAUGAUGUGCCUAGUUUUCUCCGCUUUUGAUAACCUAAGAAACAAUUAUGAGGCUUCUUUAACACACAUCGCUGGUGGUAUAAAGAUUCUUAUCGAGGAAGAUAAGAGGCUUGGGGGACUCAAGGAUGGCUCUUUGCAAAAGGAUGUCUUUCUUCCUAUGUUUGCUCGGUUAGAAAAUCAAAUUACAGAAUGCGGACAAACAGCUACUGCGGCCAAUACUACACGCCUGCUUCAACUGCCCACCCUUAAUAUACCUCUUACCUUCACGACAGUAGAGGAAGCGCAGAACGCAUUUGAUUUAUACCUUUCUUAUCUAUGGAAUAUGAUGGAACAAUUGGGAGAAGCCAAUAAGCAUCGUAUACCUCCUCCUCCGGUGCUUCAGCGCCAUCACAGAUAUGAUGGCCUUUCAAGAUGGUUAGAUCCUUUAGAUCCGUUACGAAAACACAUCGAUUUUUCUACAUGUCAAACUCCACCAAUUCAUGGAGCAAAUAUGCGAUACGGAUUUUCAUCUUGGUGCGCGGCGUUCGAUGCCUCCGAUUUUCCACCAUUCCAUCCAGCAGUUCUCUUGUUACAGAUGAGUCGUACGAUAGUUUCAAUUCUCCUCAAUAUCGAUAUAGCGAUAGGUGAAAUAGCUUGGGAUUCUUACCUCCCCCAAUAUCAAAUGAUACUUGAUUAUGCCGAGAUGACAUCUCCAAAUAGAUACAUGAUUAGUCCUAACCAGGGAGGAACGCCUCCAACCUUUCAUUACCAUCGUGGCUUCCUGACUCCUAUCUAUUUAGUUUCCACUAGAUGUCGAGAUCCAUUAAUGCGUCGUCGUGCUUUGCGCGUUCUUGAAAAUUGUAAUCGAAAGGAAGGAAUCAUAGAUAGUAUGAUAUACACUAAAAUUGCCAAGAAAAUGAUGGAUAUUGAAGAAGGGGCCGCGAUUGACGAAAUGAAGAAAAAUGGCACAAGUCAAAAUCUUGGUGAAUGCAUUAUAGAAAAGGCGGAGCAGAUACCGGAAAAAUGCAGGAUUAGAGAGUCUAUCGCCAAAUUUGUGCCAGGAGGAGGAGGAUUGGUCGGAUAUAAAAGAGAAGGGAUAUGGUACGCGGUGGAUAAUGAAGAACCAGUAUCAGUUGAUUGGUAA